CAGGCGGGCGCGGAGCGGGUGGCGGUGACAGGCGGCGCGAGCCGACAUCCCCCUCCCCCGUGCGAAGCGCCGCCGGCCCCACCAUGGAGCCCGCCGUGUCGCUGGCUGUGUGCGCGCUGCUCUUCUUGCUCUGGGUCCGUGUGAAGGGGCUGGAGUUCGUGCUCAUCCACCAGCGCUGGGUGUUCGUGUGCCUCUUCCUCCUGCCGCUCUCGCUUAUCUUCGACAUCUACUACUACGUGCGCGCCUGGGUGGUGUUCAAGCUCAGCAGCGCGCCUCGGCUGCACGGGCAGCGCGUGCGGGACAUCCAGAAGCAGGUGCGGGAAUGGAAGGAGCAGGGCAGCAAGACCUUCAUGUGCACAGGACGCCCUGGCUGGCUCACGGUCUCACUGCGGGUUGGGAAGUACAAGAAGACACACAAAAACAUCAUGAUCAACCUGAUGGACAUUCUGGAGGUGGACACCAAGAAACAGAUUGUCCGUGUGGAGCCCUUGGUGACCAUGGGUCAGGUGACUGCCCUGCUGACCUCCAUUGGCUGGACGCUGCCCGUGUUGCCCGAGCUCGAUGACCUCACAGUGGGGGGCUUGAUCAUGGGCACAGGCAUCGAGUCAUCAUCCCACAAAUAUGGCCUGUUCCAACACAUCUGCACGGCCUAUGAGCUGGUCCUGGCCGAUGGAAGCUUUGUGCGAUGCACACCGUCAGAGAACUCGGACCUGUUCUACGCGGUGCCGUGGUCCUGUGGGACCCUGGGCUUCCUGGUGGCUGCCGAGAUCCGCAUCAUCCCCGCCAAGAAGUACGUCAGGCUGCGGUUUGAGCCGGUGCGGGGCCUGGAGGCUAUCUGCGACAAGUUCACCCAGGAAUCGCAGCGGCAGGAGAAUCACUUCGUGGAAGGGCUGCUCUACUCCUUGGAUGAGGCUGUCAUCAUGACCGGGGUCAUGACAGAUGAAGCAGAGCCCAGCAAGCUGAACAGCAUUGGCAACUACUACAAGCCCUGGUUCUUCAAGCACGUGGAGAACUACCUGAAGACGAACCGGGAGGGCCUGGAGUACAUUCCCUUGAGACACUACUACCACCGCCACACGCGCAGCAUCUUCUGGGAGCUCCAGGACAUCAUCCCCUUCGGCAACAACCCUGUCUUCCGCUACCUCUUUGGAUGGAUGGUGCCUCCCAAGAUCUCGCUCCUGAAGCUGACCCAAGGCGAGACCCUGCGCAAGCUGUAUGAGCAGCACCACGUGGUCCAGGACAUGCUGGUGCCCAUGAAAUGCCUGUCGCAGGCAGUGCACACCUUCCACAGUGACAUCCACGUCUACCCCAUCUGGCUGUGCCCGUUCAUCCUGCCCAGCCAGCCGGGCCUGGUGCACCCCAAGGGAGACGAGGCCGAGCUCUAUGUCGACAUUGGAGCCUAUGGGGAGCCACGUGUGAAGCACUUUGAAGCCAGGUCCUGCAUGCGACAGUUAGAGAAGUUCGUCCGAAGCGUGCAUGGGUUCCAGAUGCUGUAUGCCGACUGCUACAUGAGCCGGGAGGAGUUCUGGGAGAUGUUCGACGGCUCCCUGUACCACAGGCUGCGGGAGCGCCUCGGUUGCCAGGACGCCUUCCCCGAGGUGUACGACAAGAUCUGCAAGGCCGCCAGGCACUGAGCGGGGGCCUGCCCGGAAAUAGACAUGUUGGGGGGCCCUGUCCCCAGGUCCAGGAGGCAUCUUCUCUUCACUCAAGCUUGGCUACUCUCCCAGAUCCAUGCUUCCAGAAAGAACCCCUUCCAGAAAUCCCACCCGGACUGCCCCGAUGGCUAGCUCCAGCUCCCGGGGCAGCCGAGUGGAGGGCAAAGGACGUGGGCUCUGGAGUCAGAUGUUGCUAAGUCCAGUUCCCAUUUGAGCCCCUCAUGAGCUGUGUGACUCUGGCCGGGUCACCCAGCCCCUCCGAACCCAGUUGCCCAUCUGUUGAAACGGGGUCACAGUGCCUGCCUGCCGGCCCUGGGCAUCCGGGACCGGUGGCCGUCUCGCCGG